AUGGCGUUCUACACAGACAACGACCCUGUCAUUUGCAGAGCUUUCUCCUUAUCCCUUAAGGAUGAGGCCCUGGAAUGGUUCCACACUCUUCCACGGAAUUCAGUAGACUGUUUCGCAACAAUCGAAACUCUAUUCCGAAAGCAGUACGCGACAAACAGAAGACCGGAGAUGACUGCUGCUGAGCUUGUGAAUACUAAGCAAGAGAAGGAUGAAACCCUAAAGGCUUUCAUGCAACGGUAUAACGAGACGGCCCGACGUGUGAAAGAUAUCAAUCACACCUUCGUCAUCAGCAAUCUACCUUCGUGCUUAAGGCCGGGGUAUUUUGCAGAACAGUUAUAUGCUGACCCGCCAGCAUCUAUGGAAGAACUGCAAUCCACAAUUGCGAAGUUCAUCCGCAUCGAAGAUCUCCGGAAUUCUAGAAAAAAGCAGCAGCAGGAUAACCCCAAUCAUGAUGUGCUCGAGGAGGCUUUGCACGCCGAACUCCUAACUGUGCGGCGAAGAGCUACUCCCAAGAACGCGGACAGCAGCAAGACCUACCGCCUCCACAUGAACCAUGGGCAUGACACGGAAGAAUGCAACAUGGUGAAGGACGAGGUGGAGCGACUCAUCCGAGCAGGCUACCUCCAAAACUACGUUAAGGACAGAAUCUCCACCAGAGCCACAACUCCUCACCAUAAGGAUCCCUCCAGACGGAGCCCCGAGCGAUCGCCUCCCAAGGAUGACCGACGCCGCAGGCGAUCGCGCAGCCAACCCCGACGAACGGAGCGAGAACGUUCAGUCCGAGGUCGAAUCGACACCAUAUCCGGUGGUUUAGCCGGGGGGGGGGGGGGGGGUGGCAUCCUCCGCCAGGAAACGACAUCUAAGGACAUAAGUCGGUAA